CCGGUGGGGCGGGCACCGGCACCGGCACCGGCACCGGGACCCCGAUCCGCGCCGGCACCAGGAUCCCGACCGGCGCCCCGACCCGCACCGCGGCGGCACCGGGACUCUGAUCCGCACGGGCGCCGGGACCGCCCCGGGACCGCGGCGGCACCGGGAUCCCGCCAGCAGCAGGAGCCGCGGCCCGACCCGCAUCAGCGCCGGCUCCGCGCCGGGGCGCGCACCGCCGCCGAGCUCCCGCGGAGACUCGCACCCCGCCGGCAGCGGCACCGGCUCCCCCGGCGGCACCCGACCCCCGCCACCACCACCCGCCCGCCGGCCGACCCCCGGGCCUGCGGACACCUCUCGGCACCGCCGGGCAGGCGGACGGACCCGCAGCCCGGACGGACGGACAGACGGACGGACGUCCCCCGAGCGGGGCUCCCUGCCUCGACGGCCCGGUCACAGCGCCGGCAGGACGGACCCACGGACACCCCCGGGGACGAGUUCAGCCCUCCCCGGAGCGCCCCGGGAGCAGAGCCCCGCGGGGACCCCACGCCCGGCGUCGGGCGGGCAGAGCCCCCCGGGGGUCCCGUCGCACAGAGCGGGCCGCCCGGGCCCGUGGGGACCCCGGCGGGGAUGGGUUUGGGGCGGCGGAGGGGGGGCAGAGCGGGGGCCAUGCGGGCAGCGCCUGGGCCGCGGCGGGGCCGGCCGGCGUCCCACGCACCGCGGGCCACCGCGGGCCACCGGUGCGCCUGGCGUUCACGUCCGGCCUCGCCGGAGGAGGAGUCCGGCCUCCCCGCCCUGCCUCCCAGCCCGCCCGCGCCCCGCGGCCACGGCCCACGGGCGCCCCGCGGCCGGGUCCACCCCGGCGGGGCCGCCCGCCGCCGGGCUCCUUACCUCCGCCGUCUCCCUGCCUCCCUCCGCCGGGGCCGUCGCAGGCCCCGGGGACAUGGGGGCCGGCUGGCGAGCCGAGCCGAGCCCGUGCGAGUCCUUACGUCACCGCCCAGGGCCCUCCACGUCCAUCCCGGGGCUCUCAAGUGCUCCUUGCAAACGUGCCAAAUCCCGGGGCCGCCUCCGCUCGGCCCCGCUUCACACGUGCUCCCCUGGCCGGAGCCGGCCGCCGGGGCGCAGCCCGGGCCGGGCGAGCCCCCCCGGGGCCAGCCCUCAUGGCCCGCCGGCCCCCCGGGCCCUGCCCGCGGCGGGGUCCGGAGGUGUUCGGGCGGGCGGCGCGCCCCGGGAUGCCGCCUGCCGUGUCAUCUGCCCCGGCAGCGCUCAACCGCCUCGGCGCAACCUCCCCGGGCUUAUAUAACUCCCCGGCUGGAGCCGGGCCAGCGGCUCGAUCGCCGGCUGCGCCGUGGCUGCACGCCGGCCCCGGGUCGCCCGUGGGCUCUGCCCCGGCACCCGGGUCCGUCCCCAAACUCCGCGUGGCGUUAA